UGAGGGCGGGUUUUGAUGUGUUUGGGUUCGUGCUCCUCUGGGGAGUGAGACGAGGAAAGUUUAUUUUUUUGGUGAUGGUGGCUCUCCUCGUUCCCCCCUCCAGCCAUUUGUUUUGAUCUCGAUAUCGAGUGGCUGAGUUUUCCGGGCGGGUAAAACGUGAGGGAAAAGCAGCUCCCUCAGCAGCGCCAGUAAGAAAGAGGUGGGCUCCGCCUGUAUACCGCGGCGGGCGAAAAAGCGACGGCCGUGGCUCCUUGUAGUGGAUAGACUUUUGCACUGAAUGUAGCCAGGACAGUCCUUUUGGGCUUGUGUAGCCCUGAGAAGCUGUCAAGAAUUUCGUAUUUCAGCAGAGUUUUGCACAGAUUUUGUUCCCAUGCAAACUGAUGAGGGAGAAAUUUUGGAGGAAGGCAGUUCCAAGAUGGAACAUGAGGAUUUUGUAAUGGAAGGGCAUGGCAAGACUCCACCUCCUGGUGAAGAAAACAAACAAGAGAGGGAGAGGGAGAGGGUGAGUUCAAGUCAAAAUGGCCGACGGAGUCUGCUAGCUUUUGAAUAUUUUAAAAUUGAGAAAACAGAAAUACAGCAAAAUCAUUUUGAGAUCUCUUCACUUCCAUUUUACCUUGUAUGCCUCAACUUGCUGGAUUUAAGCACUGUUGCACUUUAUGAGGGCAAACUUUAUGCUUGUCUUCUUAGAAGCGAGCCCCACUGAAUUAAUGGAAUUUACUCCCAGAGAGAAGGAGCAAGAAAAGGAAGAACAGUUAAUGGAAGACAAGAAAAGAAAGAAAGAGGAUAAGAAAAAAAAAGAAUCAACUCAGAAGGUCACAGAUCAAAAAACCAAAGUGCCCGAAGCGACAAAACCAAGUUUAAGCCAACCAGUGACCGCCAGCCCAAUUGGCAGCUCUCCAUCGCCACCUGUCAACGGUGGCAACAAUGCCAAAAGGGUGGCAGUGCCGAACGGUCAACCGCCAAGCGCCGCCCGCUACAUGCCUCGGGAGGUGCCGCCGCGAUUCCGUUGCCAGCAGGACCACAAAGUGUUACUGAAACGUGGGCAGCCCCCUCCGCCAUCUUGUAUGCUCCUCGGGAGUGGAGUAGGGUCAUCUCCAUCUCCAGCAUCUGGAACAAAUCCAAACAACGCACAACCAGUAACAGGAGUGCUGCUGCCGUGUGACAGUGGGACUGCAACAGAUUCAACAACUGGAGGUGCUGCUGCUUCAAAUUAUGCAAAUUCCACUUGGGGUCCUGGAGCCUCCUCCAACAGCACCAAUGCCAACCCAACUCACGUCUGGGACAAGGUGAUUGUAGACGGGUCUGACAUGGAAGAGUGGCCUUGUAUUGCCAGCAAAGAUACUGAGUCUUCUUCUGAAAACACCACAGACAACAACAGUGCCUCAAACCCUGGUUUGGAGAAGAGCACUCUGCCAGGGAGCACCACUAGCAACAAAGGAAAAGGAAACCAGUGCCAGUCUGGAAGUUCUGGUAACGAAUGUAAUCUUGGGGCCUGGAAAUCUGACCCUAAGGCUAAAUCUGUUCAAUCUUCCAAUCCUUCAGCAGAGAAUAGCAGUGGUAUAGCAAGCUGGAGAAAUUUGACUGGGCAGGACAGAAUUGGUCCCAGUCCUGGAUUCAGCAACUUUAACCCAAAUAGUAACCCAUCUGCUUGGCCAGCAUUAAUUCAAGAGGGCAAUUCAAGGAAAGGAACUUUGGAAGCUGAUAAUGGUGGCUCCAAUGCACAGAUUAGUACAAGUCAGACUUCUAGGGAACAACAGUCAAAGAUGGAAAAUGCGGGUGUUAACUUUGUCUCUGGCAGAGAACAGGCUCAAAUUCACAACACUGAUGGACCAAAAAAUGGAAACACUAACUCCUUGAACUUAAGUUCACCAAACCCAAUGGAAAAUAAGGGAAUGUCCUUUGAAAUGGGCUUUGGGAACCCCACCAGGAGCACUGAUGCCUCUUCACAAAGCACUGGCGAGAGAAAGACUGGGAAUGUUGGGUCUUGGGCUACAGUUAGGGGGCCUUCUGGAAUGGACAGUGCUUCUGGUCAAAGCAGUUCUGGAAAUCAUGGGAACAAUGGAAAGGAUAGGGAGGACUCAUGGAAGGGAGCUUCUGUUCAAAAAUCAAAUGGGUCAAGAAAUGAUUCAUGGGAUAACAGUAACAGGUCUACGGGUGAUGGGUCUUGGACCAUUGGCCCUCAACACUCUAGUGAAAGUAAAUGGAGUGAAGGGAACAAAAUGACAUCAGGGGUGUCUCAGGGAGAAUGGAAACAGCCGUCUGGGUCUGAUGAACUGAAGAUUGGAGAAUGGAGUGGUCCAAACCAACCAAAUUCUAGCACUGGAGCAUGGGACAAUCAAAAGGGCCACCCCCUUCCUGAAAACCAAGGUAAUUCCCAGGCUCCCUGCUGGGGAAGAUCUUCCAGCUCUACAGGAAGUGAGGUUGGAGGUCAAAGCACUGGAAGCAACCACAAAGCAGGAAGUAGUGAUAGUCACAAUUCUGGACGUCGAUCAUAUAGGCCUACACAUCCUGAUUGCCAGGCAGUCUUGCAAACUUUAUUGAGCAGGACUGAUUUGGACCCCCGAGUGCUUUCAAAUACUGGCUGGGGUCAAACUCAAAUCAAGCAAGAUACUGUUUGGGAUAUAGAAGAGAUGCCAAGGGCAGAGGGAAAGGCUGAUAAAGGAACUGAGGGGUGGGAGAGUUCUGCCAUACAGACAAAGAGCUCAGGGGGCUGGGGAGAUGCACCCAGCCAAAGCAAUCAAAUCAAGUCUGGAUGGGGUGAGCUCUCUACUCCAACAGAGUGGAAAGAGCCCAAAAACACUGGAGGAUGGAAUGAUUACAAGAACAAUUGUUCUAACUGGGGAGGAGGAAGACAAGAUGAAAAGGUGACAGCAUCUUGGAAUGAGAAUUCCAACAAAGACCCAGGAUGGAAUGGGCGACCACCUAAUCAGGGUUGGUCUUCUGGAAAGAAUGGCUGGGGAGAGGAUGUUGACCAAACAAAAAACAGCAACUGGGAAAGUUCAGGAAACAAGUCAAUGUCGGGUUGGGGUGAAGCUGGUCAGAAUGAGAUUGGGACUUGGGGUAAUAGUGCAAAUGCAAAUUGUUCUUCAAAAGGAGGGUGGGAUAAUAAUAAAAGAACUCCAGCAUGGAAUGAUACUGGUAGACAACCCAAUACCUGGAAUAAUCAGCAACAGCAUCAGCAGUCAGAGGCUUCUGGCUCCUGGGGUCCACCAUCACAGCCUCCAGGUAAUGGGAGGCCACCCAAUCCUAACUGGAACAAUGGACCACAGCCAGCUGCCUCAAAGGAUGAGGAACCCAGUGGCUGGGAAGAACCAUCCCCCCAAUCAAUUAGUCGUAAAAUGGAUAUUGAUGAUGGCACUUCAGCAUGGGGAGAUCCCAGCAGUUACAACUACAAGAAUGUGAACCUGUGGGACAAGAACUCACAAGGUGGACAAGCUCCACGAGAACAGAAUCUCCCUACUCCAAGACCUAGCAAAGUACCACCCUCAGUCUGGAACAAAAGCACACCUCCAGCUCCAGAUAAUGGUACUGCUGCUUGGGGUGAACCAAAUGAAACAAGCCCUGGAUGGGGUGAAGUUGAUGAUGCAGGGACUUCAACCAGUUGGGGAAAUGGACCCUCCAGUGUACCAAAUGCCAUAAAACCUAGUUCCAAACCACCUCAGGAUGGCUGGGGAGAUAAUGAUGGGCCAGUAUCAGGAACACGGCAUUCCAGCUGGGAAGAAGAGGAGGAGGGAGGAGUCUGGAACACAGCAGGCUCUCAGGGAAGCAGUUCCUCCCAUAAUUCAACAAGCUGGGGACAAGGAGGAAAGAAACCACAAAUUAAGUGUUCAUUAAAAGGUGGAAGUAAUGAUUCAUGGAUGAAUACUUUAUCUGAUCAGAUUUCAAAUAUGGGAUUGCUGAAUCAAACUGAGGACUCUCCGAGCAAUAAGAUGGAUUUAUCAGUAGGUGGCCUCCAGGAUAAGAAGUUUGAUGUAGACAAACGAGGCAUGAAUCUCGGAGACUUCAAUGACAUAAUGAGAAAGGGUCGGUCUGGUUUUCGUCCUCCUAAUUCCAAAGAAAUGGGAACCCCAGACAGCGGGCCUUAUUUUGAAAAGCUGACUUUGCCUUUCUCCAAUCAAGAUGGGUGCCUUGGGGAUGAGGCUCCCUGCUCUCCCUUCUCCCCUUCUCCCAACUACAAGCUAUCUCCCUCUGGUUCCACACUACCCAACGUCUGCCUUGGGGCAAUCGGCUCAGGGCUCAACCCCCAAAACUUCGCUGCUAGACAAGGUGGCAAUCAAGGUCUGUUUGGAAACAGUACAGCACAAUCGAGAGGAAUGCACCCACCAGUGCAACCACUAAAUCCUUCCCCCAAUAUCCGGGCACAAGUGCCUCCCCAGUUUCUUUCUCCCCAGGUGUCUGCCUCUAUGCUUAAGCAAUUUCCUAACAGUGGUCUGAGCCCAGGUCUUUUCAAUAUGGGGCCCCAGCUUUCUCCUCAACAGAUUGCUGUGUUGAGCCAACUUCCACAGAUUCCCCAGUUUCAGCUUGCUUGCCAACUUCUUCUGCAGCAGCAGCAACAGCAGCAACAGCUAUUACAGAAUCAGAGAAAGAUUUCUCAAGCUGUACGACAGCAGCAAGAGCAGCAGCUUGCUCGUAUGGUGAGUGCCCUUCAGCAACAACAGAGGCAACCUGGUAUGAAACAUUCUCCAUCUCAUCCAGUUGGGCCUAAACCACAUUUAGACAGUAUAGUAUCUGGUAGUCUAAAUGUGGGUCUCUCAGAUUUAUCUACCAAAGGGCAAAUUCCUGUUUAUAGUUCAGGUUUUGGUUCAAGUGGCAUGGAUUAUGGCAUGGUGGGGGGGAAAGAAACUGGAACAGAAUCUCGUUUUAAACAGUGGACGUCUAUGAUGGAUGGCUUGCCAUCUGUAGCUUCCCAAGAUGCCAAUAUGCACAAAAAUGGGACGAUUGUGCCCCCUGGAAAACCCCGAGGGGGAUCGCCCUAUAAUCAAUUUGAUAUAAUUUCUGGCGACCCACUGGGCAGCCACACAGGUCCUGCUGGUGAUAGUUGGUUACCUGCCAAAUCUCCACCAACCAGUAAGAUUGGAAACAAAUCCAGCAAUGCCAGCUGGCCUCCAGAGUUUCAGCCAGGAGUGCCAUGGAAAGGUAUUCCAAACAUUGACCCUGAAUCUGACCCCUAUGUGACCCCAGGAAGUGUGUUGGGGAGUACAGCCACAUCUCCCAUUGUAGAUACUGAUCACCAACUUCUGCGGGACAACACCACAGGGUCUAAUUCUUCCCUCAACACCUCGCUGCCUUCACCUGGUGCCUGGCCCUACAGUGCCUCUGACAAUUCCUUCACAAAUGUUCAUAGCACUUCAGCAAAAUUCAGUGAUUACAAAUCAACAUGGUCUCCAGAUCCCAUUGGACCCAAUCCUGCCCAUAUCUCCAACAAGAUGUGGAAAAACCAUAUUUCCUCAAGAAACACUACAGGGCUGCCCCGCCCACCUCCUGGUUUGAGUAAUCCAAAACCAUCCUCUCCCUGGAGCAGCACAGCACCCCGCUCACUCAGGGGGUGGGGGGCACAGGAUUCAAGGCUUGCCUCUGCCUCUACCUGGAGUGAUGGUGGAUCUGUUCGUCCCAGCUACUGGCUGGUUCUUCACAAUCUUACACCACAGAUUGAUGGGUCAACUUUGAGGACCAUCUGCAUGCAGCAUGGUCCACUGCUGACAUUCCAUCUGAACCUGACCCAAGGCACCGCCCUUAUCCGAUACAGCACCAAGCAGGAAGCAGCCAAGGCCCAGACUGCACUGCACAUGUGCGUUUUGGGAAACACUACCAUCCUGGCUGAGUUUGCCACAGAUGAGGAGGUUAGUCGUUUUCUGGCACAAGCUCAGCCUCCUACACCUGCAGCAACACCCAGCGCACCUGCAGCAGGCUGGCAAUCUCUAGAGACAGGACAGAAUCAGACAGAUCCAGUUGGACCUGCUUUGAAUCUUUUUGGUGGGUCAACAGGGCUUGGGCAGUGGAGCAGCGGUGGUGGCAGCAGCAGUGGGGGUGACCUUGCUGGUGCUUCAUUAUGGGGCCCUCCCAAUUAUUCUUCAAGCUUAUGGGGGGUUCAAAGUGUAGAAGAUCCCCACAGGAUGGGAAGCCCUGCUCCCUUACUACCUGGAGACCUUCUAGGCGGAGGGUCGGAUUCAAUCUGAACUUAAAACUUUCAACUCUGACCUCGUGACCUUUUUUGGAACAGCAGCAGCACUAACUUGACCUUUUCUUUUUUUUCAACUUGCAAUAAAUACAUUUUAAAAGGAAAAAAGAAAAUGGAGAGAGAGAAAAAAGGUGGGUCAUUGACAGGACUGUCUGAGCACAUAGUUGCCUCCCUUAUAACUUCAGUUUUUUCGUUUGGAAUAUGAAUCCAAAAAGAGAACAUAUCACUCUUGAAAUACUUGAAUCAUGAACGCCAACUUAGAAAGACAAUGUGAAGCAAGUACACAUACCAUUUAAAUCUAAACACAAAAAAUUAAAAAAAUUAGUUUCUAGUUUUUCACUUUUUCAUGUUAUACGGAAGUUGUUGCUAAGAAACAUAUAUACUGAAAAAUAGCUUUUUAACUUUGUUUGCACUGGGUGUGUUUCCGUCCUUAGGUCUACUAUGUUGGGAUGGGGUGGGGUUCAAAAGAAUUGGGGGGUGGGAGGGACAAACUUGACGGAGCCUCACUUUAAAUAACAAAAAAGGAAAAAAAAACACUUUGUGAUUGGCUGGUUGAUAUAUACCAGUUUGUUCUGGCACAUGUAACUGCCCAUGUGUAUGUUUCUGAGUAUGUAUGUGUGUGUGAUUGUGCAUGUGUGCGCGCAUGUGUGCAUUUUUGUCUUGGAAAGCUGCAUUGCUGUUGGUCAGCAACCUAUUUGGCUAGACUCUUUAAUGGAAUAAUGAUGGUGCCUGUGACUGAUGCAAAAUCAAAUUGACCUGUAUUAAAAUCUGUCGGUGGUAUUUUAUUUUAACAGGGUCAGUGCAGUACAAAUCUUGUUCUGACCCUGUCAUAGAGCAAAACACUGCCAUAUCCUAAGGAUUUGGUGAGAUGGGUGCCAGUGUGGGAGUUUAGGGGUUGGGGGUGGGAUUCUGUUUUGUCUAGAAGUAUAUUUGUCUCUAAUGAGACAUUUUGAGUAAACUGAAGCUUAUUUUUUUAUGACAAGGCCUUUCACUUUCCAAGGAAACCAGAGAAAAAGGGCAUCACAUAUCUUUGUGACAAAGACCUAUCUUAUGGUUGAAGCUUCUGCAGUCCUUAAGAAUGGAGUCUUGUAUCUGUUUCUCAAGUCUUUACAUGAAGAUUCUUUUCCAAAAAUCCACCAAAACAUCAGGCUGAACUGUAUUUUCUUAAGUGAUCUGCUCCCUGUGACAAAACUAAAAUGUCAGUAGUUUGCUGGCCUGUCUCUUACUGAGAAAGCACAUGCAGCAACUUCUGUUCUCCUUUUCUCCAUGGUGAGCAUUACCUGUGCCAGGCCUAGGUGUAUUACAGCACCAGACCAUCACUGACAAAAACGUUUACUUACGAAUGUUCUUAAACCAGUGUGUACUUUGAGCAGUUUUUUCUCUGUGUAUUUUCCUGUGUAUGUCUUGCUUAAGUUUUGCUUAGGCAGGCAUAUAACUAGCAAAUACUUCUUUUGUUUAUAAAGUAUUGCACCUUUAUUAUUUUUACUUUUCCCUGUACUGUUGCUUUUUAUUGUUGGUAUUUAAAGAAAGGUUGUAUGUUGUAUUGUUUUCUGUUUUGUUUUAACAACAGUAUAGUAGUACUCUGGGCAGGAUAGGGGAGACCUGUCAUUAAUUCAAAAGAGAGCCAGUGUGUGCACUGGGAACAGAAUUGUUUGUUGUGAAGAAAGCUGUAGCAAACAUUGCCUUUACACAAAGCAGUUUUGAAGGUGGGCAGAAGAGGAUACAAACCAGGAGGGAGAUGGAGGCAUUCUUCUUUGAAGUGUUAGAACUUAGCUCUGGCUUUUCACUCACUGUACAUUUUACUGAAUAACAAAGUGCUGCAAUAUUCUGUACCAGCAAUUAUCUACAUACCCUGGCACUUGGAAGUAGCAGGUCAUAUUGUAUGGGAUCAUAAUAGAAGUGUUGUUCUCCUUCAACAGUUUCACUAAAAAAUACCAUGAUACCUGGUAUAUGACUUAAAAGUAUUGAUCACAAAAGUUAAAAAUCUUUACAUUUAUGUCAAGAGGGAGGAAUUUGUGAAUUCUGUACAUGAACCCAAUAUCACACUGAGAGGACUUGUAAGGGGAAUGCUGCAUUUAUAUCUGCCUAUUGUUUUGAUGUGAAGUUUGGCAGUAAAUAGAGGCAGAUACUGUUCAUUUAAACUGCAGCAUAUGUGGACCUUUUAAGUGUUUCCUUUUUUUUUUUUCUUUUCCUCACAUUCGAUCUCAUAUUGAAGCAAAAUGUCCUGUCCCCCCCCCCCCCAUGGAUUCCUGCCAGUUCUGUUUCCAUUUCAACCGUUAGACAUGCCUGUUCUUUAAACAGGUGUAUUUGUCUUUGGGGCCUCAAUUUUGAAAAAUGCAGGAUAAAGUAUAGAAAACGCCCUGAGCUGGGAGAACAUCAGAAUGCAGCACCUCAUGUCCCAGGAAACAGCUGAGUGUUUUAAUAUGUGAGUUGACACGCAAGCUGAUUCACUACUGUGUUACCACUCUCUCCCAAACUGACCUAUGGUCCCUUUGCCUGCACUUUGGAUUUCUUGAGUUCGUUAAGAUACUACGGUGAAAGCCGGGUGCUAGAGCCCCUCUUGUUUACAAGACAUAAUGAGGGAUAUGAAAUAUUUUUAAAAAAUGAAAAGCUAAAAUGUUCUUCCAUCACAAGCUUAAAGGGAAAAAUUAAAAGUUAUAAAAAAGACCAAAAAGUGCGUGUGCGCAUAUAUAUAUAUACACACACAUAUAUAUAUAUGAGAUGAAGACUAACUCUGGGAGCAUUUAACAGUGUUUUUGUGUUUAACAUUUAUUUUCCUGCUUUAAAUUUGCAAGCAUUCUCAGGAAUUCUAGGGUAGGAAGCCAGUUUUUGAAGAUGGUUUAUUUAACCUUUACCUUAUCCUAGAUAGAUGGCUGUUUCUUUCAUAAACUUUUACAAGUUCCUGAAUCUUCAAAAAAUUUAAAAGUUUUGUUUCUCUUUACAAAAGCAAAAAAAAAAAUUGAAAAAUAAAACCUAGCAAAUACAAACUCCAAUUGUUAGAACUGGGGAUCAAAAUUUUUUAAAAGUACAAAAUGAUUAUAAAAGAAAUCUCAACAGCAGCAACAAAAAUCAAUAUAUUCUUAAAAGUCCAAGUUGUGAGAAGAUUUAUACAUGUAGAGCUUAGUCUCAAGUGGUGGUGUGUGUGCAGUUGAAUGUGGGAGAAGGUUGUGUAUGAAUGAAACUGAUCAUUUCACAGUGAACUUAAUCUUCCUCCAAGCACCUUUUUUUAAAAAAAAAAAAGAAAAAGAAAAAAUAAUUAAAAAUACAUAAAAUGCAUUUGGUUAGACUCAGUAAGUCAACCACAGCUAAAAGGAAUUGUUCAGAUUAUUGGAUGGUGCUUCUUGAAACUGCUUUUAAAUUGACAGAGUGCUUCAGAAAGGCGAUAUCUUUAUUGUGCUCCAGUAAUGGAGCAGUUUUAACUUGUAUUCAUUUUAAAACAGCAAAUGAGAAAAAGGAAUGACUAUGGAAAAAUCCAGUGAAGUGUACAUUGAAGCAAAAUUGUCUUGGUUGAUUUUAAUCAUCAUUUUGAAGAUGUUGAUGUUUGCUUUUCUUCAUUGCUCAGCCAGAGAUGUGUAAAUUAGAAGUUUUGCGGGGUUGGGGAGGGAGAUAAGAUACAUUAGCUGUUGCUGCCAGACAUCAGGACUUCCAUCUUUGAGAAUCGGUUACUGAAACUCUGUUCUCAGAUGGUUAGCUCCUAACUUCCAACACACAGAGAGAAGGACUUAAUCUGCUUGAAGCUUUUUAGAUAGAAUGGAAUCACAAACCGCUUUAGUGCCUUUGUAAUACACCAUGCAUCCUGCAAAAGGACAUAUGCAGUCCAGUCACUCCCAAGGACAUUAAUAAAUUCGUCUUUCUAAUUUGAAAGAAUUGCUCUGAGCAUGCAUAUAAAAAGCCUCAAAGGCCUGUUUUGCAAAGAGUUACAUAUAAAGUGCAAGUGUACAUGUCCAAGUAUUCUUUGGAAAACCUAAGGCAAUCUCAUGCAUUACUGUUUUCUUGUUUUGAGAUACUCUUCAUAUAGUAAAAUAGCCAGAAUGUGUGAAGAGUGGUACAGGCCCCCACCACAACUACCACCAGUUACCUGUUUGGUAAGCUGAUAACUGAAUGGGGAAAACACACAUAUUACACACAUUACUGCACUCAUGGUUUUAUUAUUACUAUCUCAGUGUAGGGAAAUAGAAAAGUGUGAAAUAAUGCUUAAUGUUCUGUGGCAUCAGUUGGCAUCUGUAGCUGUAUGUUGUGUUGUUUCUCUCAACUGAAUACUUUGUGUGAUCAGCUACUGAAAAGAUUCUUUUUAUUUUUUUGAAAGGAAGCUUUUUACCUGAAUGCUUUGUGAACAACCUUGACUUACUGGCUGACAGGCUCCCAGAAUAAAACUAUUUAGUUUUUCAAAAAUUAAAGAAUAUCAUAAGCUUGUUUCUUGAUAAGAACUUUGGCUGACAACUGCUGAAAAGAGUAGACUUAUCCAUUACCUCUCAGCAUUUCAACCUAUGCAUACUGAAGAUGUCGCAUUUCUUUUAAAAAGUCAGCUAAAAUAAUAUCCUAGCACCCUUUCAUUUCUGAAUGUUGGAAAUAUUUAGUUGUUCCUUUUUCAGCCAUAGCAAUAUAGGCUUCCAGUUGCUGUUUGUGUUUUGAAUCUGACAGGUUCUAUCUGGCCUGUGAAAGUGAUCAUUUUGAGAAUUGAAAGCACCAAACUAUACUCAAGAACCCUUUUCUCCCAAAAGGACAGACUGGCACUAGCUUGGCUGAUCCAUAUGAGAAAUCAAAAUAUGCAUAAGGUAGCAAAUAAUGUUUGUAGCAAGUAGCUUAAUAUAGCUUCUACUUUAAAGAAGGAAUCUGAAAAUGACAGUGGACAGGAAAAAAGUUUUUAAAAGCUGUUUUGUGGGGAUGGUAUUCCCACAUCUUCAUAUGUGUUCCACAAAAAAAGGAGAGAAUAGGAUGGGGUGUUAGAGACCUUAGAAUUGCCCAUAUAUACCCUUCACAGCUUGAAGCACCAUGUCAGAUUAUUCCUUUUCUCCUAAAAAGUCUUGCUUACAGCAAGACUUGUGUAAUAUGUUUUAGUCUUAUAAUUGUAAAUGCAUGUGCCCAACUUAAGUCAACUUUUAAUUUCUCAAUCAUUCUAUUUUUCCUCACCCUGUUUAAAAUAGAGCCUAGAUUGGACAUAUAUAUUGUCAGGUUCAAAAUAUGAUUUAAAUGGAUUUGGUCUUCCUCUUUUGCCUUAUUAUGAGAGCCGUCCUAGGAUAAUACUAUGACCCUAUUUCCAGAAACCUACAUAAAAUGGCAAACUCAUUGGUAAAAGUUGUAGCCUUUCCCAGAACAUUUAUGUAACUGGGUACUGUGAGCUUUCUCUUAGUGCUUAGCUUCUUUUUAUCAAGAGAAACUUGAAAACAUGUUUCUCUUCUGCCACUUGUUUUGAAAGAUAGCUGUCCAUCUUGGUAGCCACAUCAAAGAUUAAAAGCCUUUUGUUACCAUAAAUUGGAAUAAUUUUUCUUCAACUUACUGCUGAUAGCUUAAGUGAAUGUAAACAGGAAGGCAUUUCCAGAUUAAUUUCAGUUGCAGGUCCCUGAACUGGCAAAUGCAAGAACUAUUGACUCUUCCUCAAGCCAGGCUUCUCUUUAUUCUGUGCUCCACUCUGCCUUGUUGAAUGUUACUUUGUCUCUUCUAUUUAUACCUUUUAUUGGCUAUAUGAACAGUAGUUUACAAAUCGUGUACCCUUAUUUUUAUAACCUUAGGUGACUAAGAGACUCUGGUCUCCCUUCAAAAGGUUCCAUGUAGCUUUUUCUUAAUUCUUACCUUAAUUAUACAUUUACAAUGACAAAAAUAUUCUGGAUACAAUAGAAAUGCUUCCCCCAAAUGCAGUUAAAAUUAUGCAUGCUAAAAUCAGUACAUGCUCUCAGCAACAUGUACGGAUUUGCAUCUCAUUAGCUGAAGGACUAUGUAUAGAAUCUAUAAUACUGGGUUCCCUAAUCUCCCCCUCCCCAAAAUAGCUGUUCAUAUCCCUGCUGAUUAUUCUCCAUAUUAAUGAUAUGGGCAGUCAUGUAGAUGUGUGGCUUGAUAGUAUAUUAAACCUUACCGUUGCAGCUGCUGUAUAUAAGGUUUAGGCAACAGAGUCCUAAGAUUGUUGUCUAAUCUUUCUCCAGGAAUGUUUUGCAGAAUUUCCUACUGUAGCAAUCCAUCUCAAAGACCUAAACCUUCUCUGGUGAAGUAUUGCAAAAAUACAGUACCCUUCAGUCUGAUCCAUACAAUUUGGUCAUAAAUUAAUUGUUAAUCUGUUUUGAACAUGCAGCCUUGUACAAAGUUUUGUAGUGCUCAUAAGGGAGUGAGUGAAGAUUUUCUAUUAAAGGUUAGAACUUCUGUUUUAAAACAUUGUUAAAACGUAAAUAAGCAGUAGUCAGUUAGAAUGACUAUUUCCCCUCCCAUACUAGAAAAGGAGGGAAAGUUCUAAUCAGGUUUUUUGAAUGGCAGGUCCCCUAAAAUGUUAGACCACGUGCCCUUCAAAUGUUCUCCUAGCCAAGUAUGGGUCCUGUUUCUAUGGGAAAGCCCCAUAUGAUCCACUUUGACCACAUGGUUCAUGGUUUAGGGACAGUUCCCAGCUAGCUAAGGUCCUCUGACAGAUAAAACAGCUCCCACAUGGCUGGGAGAAUGUUUUAAUGGAGUCAGUGGCCAUAACCAAAUCUCUGAUUUAUGUAACAGUGUCAACAUGCUUGCUUCUUGAGAUUGUUUGUACAGUAUGGCAUAUAUUUACAAAUCUCAUAAAAGACAUGGGCCAUAGAAGGAUCAAAAGAAUCAACCUCAACUAAAAGCCAAUUUCCUCUUCAUAUAUUUGGUAGUAGUAACAGUCAAAGUCAUAUCCUUUAUACUUUUUUAUUUUUUAUCCAUAGAGUUGGGAUGUGUUUUAUUUGAGCCCACCAACCAUUUAUUUUAAUACAAACCAGUGCACUCCAGGUCAUUGAAAGUAAAGCUUUGUGCUAGGCAACCUGUGGAUAAUUUUUGACACAUUAUUGGCUGUGUGUGGAAUAGAAAAAGAUAGGGAUGGGGGAAGAUGUCCCAUAGAUAAACAAUAAAGAUGGGCAAAGUUGAUCAAGAAGUGUUUUUAAGCACUUAGUGCCUCAUCUUAGGUAUUAGUCAAUGCAUUCAAAGAACGAAAUUCCUCAUCUCUUACCAUGUUUUAACCUGAAAAAAAUAUUGGAUGUUUUCUGUUAAGGAAAAUGCAACUUUUAGCCGAGUUCUCUUUAUAAAGAUUGCUUAGCUUGCUGGAUAAUACUUUUUGUGGCAUGGUUGUGAGUAUCAAGUGCUUUUCUUCUCCUCCCUUAUCCCAGCCAGACUGGCUCACCUUCCUUUUCUAUAAAGUGCUGAGUGCUUUGCAGUUUGUGCGGGAGGGGAAUCAAGGAAAUAAAAGGGAGCCAAGGUAGAGCAGCCUUACUUUAGGGAGUAGCCUUACAACAGAGCUUUAUAGUGAGGGUGUGUUGUAUUCCAAAUUGUAUAAGCCAAAAAUGAAAAAAAAAAUCAUUUAUGCAAAAAAGAGGUGUUAACUUCUUAAAGAAAUAUGUACCUUCUGAAGGUAGAGUAGGGUCUCACGAAGUGAUACAUUGUGAUGCUUCUUGAUGGGUCAGUAAGUAUGGGAUCUGGGAUAUAAGCGCUUAACAUUCCCUUGUGGGUUUUUUGGGUUUUUGUUUGUUGAUUUAGUUCUAACCAAGCAGUAAGUUAAAUGUGGUAUCUCUGAAUGUGCCUUUGUGAGUAUGUGACUGUCAGUUCAAGGAGAGUACUUGGGCUUGACGGGGGAAAUGAUGGUCAGUUUAUUCUCUCUAAAGGUCAAAUGCAAAGAUUCCAGCCUGCUGGUACCUUUUGACAAACAGUGUCUUUUGCGGCUGGUCUCUAAGCUACACAUAAUGCAGUCAUGUGUGGCAGAUGCAUCCAGGUGUGGAUGGGUUUUAUUUCACAUAAGUUGACUUUAUUUAGGCUAGCUCUCAGUUGCUGGUUGAAUUUGUACCUGUAUUAUGUAUCUACUACAUUUGUGUAUGUGGCUUGCUUUAACCUUUUUUUUAAGCACUGGAAUACUGAAACGCAGUGAUGUUUGAGACACAUUUAUGCAUGUAGAAAAGAAGGUAUUUUGUAGCUUCUGCCAGUCAUUGGUGUAGGCACACUUUUGCCCUCUCUGUCAGUGUCCUGAUGAUAGAAGAAAAAAAUCUACCCUAUAACUUCUAGCACACUUAAUGUUGCCAUUUAAAUGAACAGGGUAUUACACAAGAAAAUAAGAUGUUUUUGAAAAGGUGAGAAAGAAGUGUUGUGUUAGUUUUUUUUUAAAAAAAUCUAAAGUAAUUGUUUCUUUGAAGCUGUUUGUACCUUAACAUGGGAAUCUGCAGUGUCUCUCUUUAUUUGUUCUUUCAUAUAUAUUCCACCUCUUCUUCUCCCCACCUCAAAAGCAAGGUAUACAAAAUUAAGAGCUGCUGUAGCACCUCUCAGCUCCCUUCCCAAAUGAAAGCUGUAGCAGGCUCUCUUCGGUUCCAUUCAGGAAGACAGAAGUAGGAGAGAUGCAGCAGCUUUCUUUGCUUCGCUCUCAUUCCUCUCUAAUGGCCUUGAAAUGUAUUAUUAUGCAAAUGUGAAUUUUGAUACUGAACUUUAAGAAGAGGUUAUUUCUUUUUCAAACAAAAAAAAGGUCCCAUAUGUGGUCAGCAUUGCUUCUUUAUCUUGUAAGUGAAUUGUAAACUAUGCAUUCAGCAAGAGAUGGUUCGGGGGAGGAAAAGAGAGCCCUGCUAAACUUUUGAAACUGUUUCUGUGUCCAGUGAAUUCACACAUCCAUAUAAAAUGGAAGAGGUUGAUGUCAUCAUGGGAGGACUACUUUGAUUGUGAGGCAAAUAUUUUUGGAGUGUGUGUGUUAGAAAUUGGCUUCAGAAAUAUGUAACUUCUUCCUGUUCCACAGGACUAUGCAUUCUUGCCAUGCAGUGUUAGAUCAGAAUCAGCAGCAUGACAUGAAACACCCCUGUUUUUCCCAAGAAGAGAAGUUAGCACCACCACAUCUCCAUCCUCUUUUCAACCUCAGGAAAUGGCACAUCAAGCACUGUCCUUAAGGGUUACUCUACUGCUUAUUCUUCAUUACAAAUGUCCUUAUUCCUCAGGGGAGUUACCAUAUCGCUUCUCCCCUCUUGCAUUUCUGAAACUUUUAUAUUAAUUUUUUAAAAAUUCCCAUCACAGAUGCAACUUGAAUAGCAAUACCAACCAGGAAUUGCUGUAGAUUAUAUACUGUUCUGGCAUUAGUAAAUUAUCUGUCUUCUAAUGCUGAUCUGAACUGAUCAAGGAAGACUAACCAUGGUAGUGAUCAUCUGUGAUUUGUCCAGGUAAUGCUAUCACUAUUAAAAUGGAAGUGAAUGAUAGUAAUAAUGCUAAAAGGAAAUUAAUAUUAAAGGCCUUGUAGGUCUGUCUAUCAUUUUAAUGGCAGGAAGUUGCUGUAAAAGGCAACACAUUUCACAUGCUUACCUCCCAAAAUGUAGAGGCUGCUUCCCAUGUUAAUGAAGGUGUGUUGCCUUGAUUGUCUCCUUUGGGGUGUUGUGAACUAUGGUGUCUGCCUUGGUUCACUGUGGCAUUAUGUUGGAAUGCAGUAUCAUAACUAAGAUAUUCUCCUACCUGUAAGUCAGUGUUUUUCAUGGAGCAAUUUUGUUGGUGUUCACAGUACUGUAAUGAAUAAGAGACUUGAUCACUCAUUUUCACAUGCAUACUUGCCUUGCUUGAUACGAUCUUAUCAGGAUUCUACUCUGGUAGAUGCCUUUUUAAAAAGAAAAAAAGGUUCCAGCUCUUUGUCACAAAAUACCUCGUGGUGCAUAUUUACCUUUUACUAUAACCAGCCUUUUGGAAUACUUAUAUUCUCUCUCAUACUUAAGGAGGUGAUACUCUUUAACUUUCCCUGGUGGUUUGAAGACUGUUUCGAGAAGCUGAAACUCCUAAUCCUGGCCUUUACUCUUCCCUCCUUUAGCCUUGGGCAAGAGUAAUUUAACCUUUGCCUCAGUUUCCCCAUCUGCAAAAUGGGGAUAAUAAUACUUUCCUACCUCACAGGGGUUUUGUGAGGAUUGAUUAAAGGAUUUUGCAAAGUGCUUCAAAGAAAAAGUACUUUUUAUAAGUAUUAUUAUAUGGAGGUAUACCUAGCAGGAGACCUCCUUUCCCAUACUGUUAUAUAGAGAAUGGGAGAGGAAUCUCUAUUUAAGCCAUCAGAUACUCUAAAUUACUUUUAACUAUUAGGAAGAAGUUAGAGAGCUGAACCAUUCGCACUGCUUUAUUAUCUCCUUCCUUCUUUUGAUAGCAUCUUUAACAGGUACAUUUUAAAGAAAGUACACUUUCUUUUAAGUAUGUAAGAUUUCCCAUCUCUUGUGUGUCUUAUUUCCUCCACUUUUAUUUAGAUGUGGGCUUUUAGUUAAGAUUCAUCCUACAGUAGAAGAGCAUAUCUUCCUGCCACCAUCGCAAAGUGUCACUGUACAGUUUGAAUGAGGGCUGUAAAAUGGCAAGAAUUCUCCAGUACUUUGAUUAAAUAGAGGGACACUAUCCCAGCUUCCUUGCCUGAUUGAUAAAUAUAUGCUGCCUCAUUCCCAGUUUCGCACAAGCCAUUAUAUGCCAGUAGAGGAUGUUAGUUAAUAGAAGCUGCUUGUGAAUAUGCCUUACAGCCUUCCAAAAAAAUUUGGGAGGUGGGGUGGAAGAAGAGGUUUAGAAUAAAUCCCCUAGAUGUCAGGGAGCCUUUGCUACUUUCUCCAUUUUCUGGUCAUAGUGUCACUUUUUUCUAUUCAAUCUUUGACAUGCAUCUCAGGGAUGUGCAUAUUGAGCCCAGGAUUUUGGAUUUGGAUCUUGGAAAACCUAAGAUGUAGUUCCAUUCUCUAUUUGUAAUCUCCAUAUUAGGCACUCUCCCAUUCUUUUCUGUUUUUUAUUCUCCCAGAAGCAACUCUUUCCCCAACUGUUAGAUGAUUAAUAAUUCUACAGAGAUCAAAUUAAGAAUGUUGUGGGGUCUAUCCACAGGAUCUAUGCUUUUGUAUGCUCACACUAGAUUCCACCUUCCACCAGCAUGGAAAUAAUGAAGUGCAAAUAUCCUAACACAACCACAACAGCUUUGCUCUGCUAAUAAUUAUGCACUGUUUGCUUUGGAAAAUACUUAAUUUUUUAAAGUAGAAAACAGCAACAAUAUUUUCUGGUGGGAGGGUAAAGGAAAGCAGUGGGAUAAGAGUUAAGAAGUACUUUAGCUUCCACUAUUGAGAGACUUGACAUGCUGCUUUAAUUUAGAGCUCCUGUGGGGCUAUGUUUACAAAGAACUGAUCAGGAAACUGACCAAUGGUGGAUAUCCAACUUUGUGAAUUUUGCUUCAUUACUGGUGAGCAAGCCAUGUUGUGCAAAAUGUCUUAACAGGAAACGAAAGAAGUUAACUCCAUCUAGCCUUAUUUGUACAGCAAACAGUCCUGUAUGUCCAAAACAUCUGGAUUAGAAAAGGCAGCUUUUCUACUUUGCACAUAAAUAGCUAAUACGAAGGUACAGCUGAAAUGGUAUUGCCUAAAAACACUGUCCCUUCAUCACGCAGGUAUAAUAGUGGAUACUUGUAUUGAGGCUCUUUGCAAAGAUACCUAUUAGUAUUUUUCCUUAUACUUGAAGUAACAUACCCAUCUCCAUUUGUCUGUUGGGCAUCCAAGCUGUGCGGGACAGUGGAAAAUAGGAAAAGGCACAAUACGUCUUCAUACUAGAGUUUACUCUUAAUUUCCCCUCAGUAUAACCUUAAUUUCAGUUUACUUUUUAUCCUAGGAGUUCACAUGGACACAGAAACUCAGCACAUUGUGCUCUUGCAUGGCAUGCUGCCCUCCCCUUUUCCCUCUCUUCUCUAUUUUUAUUUUAGUAUAGUGGUACUUAAAAUCACUGGUUCACUUAAAAAGACAAUAAAAUGUUUAAACUCUACUAAUGUACAAAUAAGCUGAAAUGUUGCAUUUAUGUGUAUUUUGCCAUAGCAGGUACUGUAUUCCUCAUGCUGGAUUUCAAACCAACAAAAGGGUGAUGUUUUAUUGGAGUGUGACAAGUUGAGAGUAAUAAGGAAUUAAGUCGUCGUCAUUUCAUUGAAAUUGAGAGAUGGUGUAAUACAUAUAUUACGUUUUCUGAAGGGUUUUUGUUUUGUUUUGCUUUUAAACAGCUUUUGUUUUUAUUUUAUUUUUAUUUUAUUUUUUUUAAAUAUGAUUGUAUUAUGUGCAACUCAGUUGCUUACAUUAUAACUACAAAAUAUUUUUGGGUUCCUGGAAAAAAGAGACUAAUAAAUGUGUUUGGCUGCUAAGCAUUUAA